UGAUGUGGAUCUCUCUUGCUAUUUCAUGUUUCUUUUCAGAGUUGGAUCGAGUGCUGAUGAAGAGAAAAUAAAGAUUGCUUACUGGCGGCUGGCGAAGUUCUAUCACCCAGAUGUGUAUGAUGGUAGAGGAACCCUUGAGGAAGGGGAAACAGCCGAAGCUCGAUUCAUUAAGAUUCAAGCUGCUUAUGAGUUGCUUAUAGAUGAUGAAAAGCGGAUGCAGUAUGAUAGUGAGCACCGCGUCAACCCCAUGAAGGCUUCUCAAGCAUGGAUGGAGUGGCUUAUGAAAAAACGAAAGGCUUUUGAUCAACAAGGUGAUAUGGCAAUUGCAGCUUGGGCUGAGCAGCAGCAGCGUGAGAUGAAUCUACGUGUUAAUUUUUAUUUACUUUCAUGACUUAUUCAUGGAGAUUUCACUUAGGUUACAUUCAUGCUCGCGAUAUCAGUCUUGGUGAUAUAUUGGCCUAACGGAUUUUUGGAAGAUGAAAAUAUAAUCCUGUUCCA